AUGUCGGGCUUUAUACCUUACCUAUGGGAGGUUAUUUCAAAUGUCAAUUACAGUCGUCCAGAUUAUAUCAUAAAACAUUCAGCUUCAACGGAAUCCUCGACAGAAUCCUCAACAGAAUCUCCGGCAGAGUCCAGCGUAGAUCUCACUCAGACGCCGUCAAAAGGUUCCGGCAAAUAUUCUCAAGGCAUUCCGGAUGCUCUUUCAUUCGAUAAUAUUAUCAAUGGCGGAACUUGUCCUCCUAUGACUGUCAGGGAGUUCAUGAAUUUCCUCCAAUUCGUUGAACACGCUCCAGAAAACCUUCAGUUCUUCCUCUGGUUUCGAGAUUAUAAACUUCGUUUCGAGAGACCGAAACCGCCGAAUCCCUUUUCAACUCCUCCUGCAACGGCCACUUCGGACAACCAGGCUUUUGCCUUGUCAGAAUACCAAAACGAUUUCGCAUCUCGCUUUCAUGAUGGGGCUGAAGAUGAGCAGCCAAUAAAUCAAACCAAGACAGUCAUGAAUCCUCAACCACAGUUUAUAGUCCCUUGGGAGGCAGACGUUGAUAAAGAAGGGCCUUCCUCAAAGGAAGCUCCCCUUGUCAGCCCAAGCUACGUAUCGAGAACUCUGAUCGAAUGUCUUUCAACUACGACACACCCCACCGCCUUCCUACCCAUCAUUAAAACCGUCGAAUACGGCUUGAGACACCAAGCACAUCCCAAUUUUAUCCGCUGGAGUAUUUGUAAUGGUAAUAAGCCACGUCAGGUGUUUGCCAAGGGUCUUGGUGUGGCCCUUAUUAUUUUCGGUUUCUUGUACGCAACUCUUACAACCCUCAGUAAUAUGUCUCGAGGAUGGCGUGCAUUUUCAGCAAUGUUCUGGGUACUGGGUGCUUCCACAUUGUAUGCAGCAUUAAGGGGUAUGUGCGUUGUACUACACGGGCUCCAUCAUCGACAUCUUCGACCUUGGGAGUUGUGGGAGUCCGAGGAAUCCUCUAUGAACAUGGAAGACGCAUCUAGUGGUGAAAAGAGUGAGAAGAAUGAAGAGUAUCCAUGGAUGAAGAAAUACGAGAAGAGGUUCAUUAUCAGAAAGAUCUUUGAUCGAGAGGUCUGGGUACAGGAACCAGCAUUGAGACAGAUACAGGACAUAAUCUUCCUGCAGUCUUUGCUUGCUGGGUUUGGUGUGGCUCUCGUUUUUACAGUCAUCUUCUUAGCUGUCCCUGGGGGUCGUUUUUUCUGA